AUGCACCUGAGCGACGGGACGCUGCUGGAUCUGUCCGGGAGUCAGCGGAGCAGGGAGGCUAGCCCGCAACACCCCGGCGCCCCGCAGGUCCCCGCGUACCACGGCCGGUUACGUGCUAACGAGGAACACCGGUAUUGCACGGAGCAGCCGGGGCGCAGAGGUGAGGACUCGCUACUCCACGGAGAGGAGAUGGCGGGGGUGCAAAGGCAGGGGCUUUGGCAGCGAGGUUACUCAGAGGUUGCACACAGCCUCUGCUCGGAGGAGGAGGGCCAGCUCCGGCCCUGGCUCAGCCACCGGCUCCCCCCGCGCCCAGCACCCUCCGCCGCCCUGGGGGGGUUUUGUCCCCCCUCCGCUGAGGAGGAGGAGGAGGGCCAGCUCCGGCCCUGGCUCAGCCACCGGCUCCCCUCGAGCCCAGCACUCUCCGCCGCGCUGGGGGCUGCGCAGGGGUGCGGCGCAGGCUCUCCCUGCCCCGGGCAGUUUACAACGCUGAGCAACAAACUGCCGACGGAGCUGGAACGACGAGCUCGGGACGGCAGAGGGAAUCCGCAGACCCCGUCCCCCGAGCCAGCUCUAGCGCCUUCCCCACGCGCUCGCCCUCCCGCGCUCCCUGGGGCUGACGCCUCGCCAGCAGCGCCGCCGGCCCCCGCUGCAGCUCCGCGCCCGUACGGGAUCGCUAGCGCGGCUCAGCGACAGGCGGCUCGUGUCGCCGUCCCCCCAGCCCCCCGCGCCGGCCGCAUCAAGCCGCCGCCUAUCGCAGCAGGCGCCCCCGACCGCUCGGGCGCUCCGCUCCCCCGGGACGCCUGGAAGCGCAGAGGAGCGGCAGCUCCCGGUCCCUGCCUGCAGGGCAACUGCCAGGCCACACGCUUUCCGAAACCGCGGGGCAGGACCUCGCUGCCCGGGCAGCAGCACCGCGGAGCUCGCACGCUGCACGGCCUCGGAUUCGCUCCUGCACAGCUUCUGGUUUACGCCGAGCUGUUCAACGGGAACACUGAUCCUCCUCACCUGCCGCCUUCCUUCGUCCUUGCAAAGGGCUCGGAAACCUUCCGGUGCAGAGAGGUGUAA